AUGUUACAUGACGGCAUGCAUCCGAUCAGUAUUGCAACGCACCACGCUCGUGCCUACGAUGAAGACACAACAAUAACAACAUCACAGGACCAUGUAGUGCUCGCUACAGCUCAGAUAAAUGUACGUUCAGAAAAUGGCUACUGUCUACAACUCAGAGCACUUUUGGACAGCGGAUCUCAGGCGUCUUUUAUUACGGAGUUUGCGGCGCAACAAUUACACCUUAAACGUAGACGCUUGCAGGUCCCGGUAACUGGAAUAGGAUGUACAAAUGCUGCAGUCUCUUCAGGCUUAGUGGAAUUCGACGUUAGCUCUAUCUGCGACCCAGGUUUCAACAUUGGGUGUACAGCGUUAGUUUUACCACGUUUAAGUCAACAGUUACCAGGCGCUCGCUUGGAUCCUACGCUUUUUACUGACCUUUUAAAUCUGAAUCUUGCAGAUCCUAGAUUCUAUGAGCCUGGUCCGAUAGACGUAAUUUUAGGAGCUGACAUUUACGGACACUUGCUCUGCGGUGAACUAAAAUUUUGUGCGGCAACAGCAAUCGAGCUCAACGAGUUAGUUAAAGCUCUUUGCGCUUUUAACGCGUGUGAAGAUGGCGAAUCGUCAUCUAAACUCACUCUUGAUGAGAUUUACUGCGAAAACUUCUUCGAACGUACAACUCGCCGGACCGGAUCCGGUCGCUAUAUAGUACGCUACCCAUUUAAACCAUCAGCUGACUUGUCUGUGCUUGCAGAUACUAAAUAUGAUGCUGAAAAGCUUUAUCAUUAUCAGAACAAACGCCUGAACAAUGAUAUUUCUUUUAAAACACUCUAUGAUGAGUUUAUGUCCGAAUAUCUCCAACUCGGUUACAUGCAACCUGUUUGCGAGGACUUUGAGCCGCAGCCUGUCUGCUAUAUUCCCCACCACGGUGUUUAUAAAGGCUCAAGCUCAACUACAAAACUACGAACCGUUUUAACACAUCACGUGAAACGAAAUGUGUGGCGAUGGCACAAGAUCGCAUUUAUGGCCGACAUCGAAAAAUGUUUCCGACAAAUCUUGGUUGACCAUAAGGACGCAGAUAUGCAACGAAUCUUUUGGAAAGAUGAACAUGGCCAGCCUUGCCUAUAUCGCUUACUUACAGUAACUUACGGACUCAACUGUUCGCCUUACUUAACCAUUAAAGUUCUCCAUACUUUGGCGAUAGAUGAGGGUACAGAAUUUCCAGAAGCAGCAGAUGUUUUAAAGGAAUGUUUUUACGUAGAUGACUGUUUUAGCGGCGCUAGCUCUGUUGAUAAGGCAGUUGAAUUACAACAGCAAUUACAGACUUUACUACAGUGCGGCGGAUUUACACUGCGAAAAUGGAAUUCCAAUUCCGGAGAUUUUCUUCAAAAAAUUCAAGGAACAAAUGCCAAUAAAAUAUGUGCGCUUAAUUCGGACCAAGAUACUAAAGCACUGGGAAUUUAUUGGUCAUGCCAGGAUGACUAUAUUGGGUACAAGGUAAAAGUGAGCGUAGUUUCCGUAGCAAUCACUAAAAGACAGCAGCUUUCCGACGUUGCAAAAAUUUAUGAUCCUGCUUGCUUGCUGGCUCCUAUCAUCAUCACUGGCAAGCGUAUGUGCCAAGAUCUUUGGCGUACCGGAUGUACGUGGGAUGACCCGAUUCCCGAACCUUACCAGAGUGAAUGGAUAAAAUUCCGUGAUGAGAUGCCACUGUUAGAAAACGUAAAAAUUCCGAGGUGGCUUUUCACAGCUGACGACAUAGAAGAAGCUCAGCUGCACGUAUUCUGUGACGCGUCAUCAGCAGCCGUCGCGUAUCUACGGGUGACGCAGUUGAACGGUGAAAUAAAAGUAUCUAUUAUCAUGGCGAAGACCAAGGUGGCACCGUUAAAGAAACGAACCAUACCCUGUUUGGAACUAAAUGGAGCAGUGCUUGCGAGUACUUUAACCUGCAAAAUUCUUGAAACUCUGCAGCUUAAAUCUACUCACACAUGGUACUGGUGUGAUUCUAAGACAGUGAUCAGCUGGAUUCGGUCCAAUCCUGGACAGCAUAAGCAGUAUGUUGCCAACCGGAUAGCAAAGAUUCAGGAGCUGACAAAUGUAGACGCGUGGCGGUACGUGCCCACUAAAUGCAAUCCGGCUGAUGUCGCGUCUCGUGGCAUUUACCCUUCGCAACUUGAAGGCGUUAGCAUAUGGUGGGCGGGCCCCACAUGGCUACAAAAGGACUAA